AUGGCAAUGGUGUCCGAAGCGAAGGCGAACGGUGGUGAGAUGGAGGCAACCAACGAGUUGCCCCCAGCGCUGGCAGAGAAGCCCGCGGGCUUGCCCCCCGGCAAGUACGCGCUUGUCGGAUGGGACAUGGAUACCACUGGGCGCAGACUGAUUGACGAGAUAUGCCAGAUAGCAGCAUAUACUCCGAAACAGUCAUACUCCCAGUACAUUAUGCCUUACGGGGACCUGAACCCAGGAGCCCGCCGCCGUCACAAUGUCCGCGUCGUCACUGUCGGACGAUACCGCAUGCUCAAAGACACUAAUACUCAUAAGAUAUUGAAAACAAAGUCUGAGAUAUCCGCCUUAACUGAUUUCCUGGACUGGUUGGAGAAAGAGAAGGGAGAUGGCAGUGUGAUCCUUAUUUACCACGAGCCUCGUCGCCUUAGCCCUACCAUGCUGUUGGAAGCCCUCACUAGGUACAAGCUUCUGGACCGCUUCAAAUCUAUAGUAGCUGGGUUCGCGGAUAGCUACGCGCUGGCCGCCGACAAGUGCAAGGCGACAGUGAAGUCUGUGUCACUGCGAGUGUUGGCGCGAGUCUUGUUGGACGCUGACUCGCUCGCCGUCGACAGCGCGCUGGAGAGAGCUACCGCGGCGUAUAGGAUUGUUGAGCAUCUUGCACAGGGUGAACAGCAGGAAGUAGGUGCGGGCGGCGAGGGUGCGUCGGCCAGCAAGGACAUGGUGGAGACAGCGCGCGCCUGGGCACGCCCCGUACACACCGAGCUUGAUGCACUCGCCAGCCUUAAGAAGUUGCUCGAGAGACAGAACACGUUCCGGCCGGUAUUCGCUCCCCUCCUCCGGUCGGCUCGGCCGGAGCGCAAGCGAGUGACACAGCUGCGUCGUAUACUGGCCGACGCUGGCCUGCUUUACGACCAACUCAAGGAGGCCUGGCAGGAACAUAAGCUUGAUGGCUUGGAGAAACAAAUGUCGUCCCUAACUCUGUCUGCAAAGGAGGAAGAUAUAAAAGAACUGAUUGAGAUAUUUGACUGCCACUUCGACCCCGCUAAGGAGCCGAAGGGACCUAAACCAAGGAUUCCAAGGAAUAAGAAUAGGGCCACAUCGUCAGCCGGCGAGACUGGUGAGGCAGAGGGCAGCACCAGUGAGUCCCAGAACAGCUCGCCACACAAUUCACCUAACAAGACUAAUAAUGAUGUGGCGGCAGGUGAUUCUAGUCAAAAAGUGCCGGCGCCGGAACCGGUGGCGGCCAACUAA